CCAUCGGAUCCGGAUUCCCGGGGAGUCUGUCCAUUGUCUGUUACAAGCUCAUAAAGGAUGCCUGAACAUCUGGAUCUGUCACCCCCAGACAUUCCGGAGCCCAGCUUUCUGGAGACCUUACUGCGCUAUGGUCUGUUCUGCGGAGCAAUCUUUCAGCUCAUCUGCGUCCUGGCUAUCAUAUUCCCUGGAAGCAAGUCACAGGACACGGAACCUGAUACUUCGGAUAUAAAGAGCACAGAUGUGUUGAGAAAACCCAAGAUGGCCACUGUGACGGCUGGUAAAAAGCAAAAGAAAGAGACAAAGAAGAAGAGGUGAAGGAGAUCACCCCCUGUUCUCAUUUCUGGGAACCUCCCCAGGACUCAUCACACUUUCACAUCUCACCUGGCCUGUUAUAACUCUAACUAGUAAUUGUACAUAUUUAAUAAUGCAUUUAGAUGUCUUCAAUAAAA